GGCCUCUUUUGUUCCUCUUACACACACUUCUGCUACAUUAUUUUUGAAAUGUCUUUUUUUCAGACCUAAACUAAUAUAGCUAGAGGUCUUCUAGUCAUUCUACUAUCUCUAGGAGAAAAUGGAAUGUUGAAAUCUUCAAGUUUAGACCAGAUUAACAGUCUCAAGUGGAUACGGUUACAUAUACAAGAUAGCAAUACAUUAUAUCAGGCUUUUGCUAUACUUCCCUUAGUAACUGCUUCAAUUAAUGGCCGUUUUACAAACUACUGAAGGAAAAAGACAUUUAUUCUUGCACUGGCUUUUUUUGACUCCUUAAUGAUAAUUAUGUGUUUCCUACUUUUGUGAUUCUUUUGAUUGAAGUAGUAAUUAAGGUAAAGUUACCUUUAGGCUAUUUGUUUACCUUUAGAAGUUAACUAAGUUGGCUUUAAAAUGUAAUCAUCUCUCAUAGGCAGAAGAAUAGAUAAAAAUUUGCUUUCAAUUAUAUAUUCAUUUGUACCUUUCUUCUAUUCAAAUAGAAAUUAUAUAAAAUUUAAAUAGUCUGUGAUAUAACUUGAAAGGAAAAGCAUUUAUCCUAUUAAAAUUUCACAAUAUUAAUUUCAAAACACUACUGUGUGACUAAAACAGCAUUUUAAAAAGAAAAUUAAAAGGCAACAACUCUACAGAAAGCUUACUAUAUCGACUAAUUGGUUUAAACCAAAUAAAACAACUUCUGAAUCAGUCAUCUCCAAUAGGUAUAUUUUAGCCUAAAAAUGAAUUAAUUUCCAAUAAUGAGUGGGGUUCUUACUUAGUUGAUAAUAGAUGUUGAAGAUAUUAACAAUAAUGCUUAGAGCAUAAUAAAUAAAAUUUUAUUUUUAAAACAGUAAAUACAUUACAAAAAUUUGAGUAAUUUAAUAUGACAUAAACCCCACAAUUUGGUCAUGUAAUAAUACUUUGUAAGACUUUAAGCCUAUUUCAUUCUACACUUCUUGGAAAUUACUUUUAAAAUAUGAGUUCAGGGAUAAUUUAUUCCAAAUAGGCUAUAGAAAACAAGUAGCAAUUUUUCCCCUAGCAAUCUAGCAUAGGAUAUUACAAAUAUAAGUGACUGCAGUAACUGCCUAGGACUCUGAGCGCCGCUGUUCACCUACUUGGAGAUAAAGUAACCAAAAACCAGCCGGAAACUCAGGGCUCUCACCUCACAGAGAUCCGCAGAUCUCACAAACCAACUGGAGGACUGCGGCAAAAUUCCAUCCCUAAAUUUGGGACACUCCAACUUUCCAGAAGAUGAUCUGUAUAACUUCAGGAACAAGGUAAACAAAACAUAUAUGCCCAGUGAAGAUUCUGAGUGGAUUCCAUAGCGAAAGAACAAUGGCCGCUCCAAAGAAUUACGGAGGACUCGGCGAGCUGGUACUGCUGUGCGCGCUGCUGGGUGCGCUGGGAAAGAUCGGGAGAGGACAGAUCCACUACUCUGUGCCUGAAGAGACCGACAAAGGAUCCUUCGUGGGUAACAUCUCCAAGGACCUGGGGCUGGAGUCGCAAGAGCUUUCGAAGCAUGGAGUCCGCAUCGUCUCCAGAGGUAGGACGCAGCUCUUUGCUCUAAAUCCGCGAAGCGGCAGCUUGGUCACCGCGGGCAGGAUAGACCGGGAGGAGCUCUGCGCUCAGAGCGCGCGAUGUUUUGUAAAUAUUAACAUCCUAGUUGAGGAUGAAGGGAAACUUUGGGGAAUAGAAAUCGAAAUCACUGACAUCAACGAUAAUAACCCAAAAUUUCAGGUCGAAAAUCUGGAAGUAAAAAUUAACGAAAUCGCUCUGCCCGGAACACGUUAUCCACUGCCAGAGGCUGUGGACCCGGAUGUGGGCUUGAAUUCCCUGCAGAGCUACCAGCUCAGCCCCAGUAACCACUUCUCCCUGGACGUGCGAACUGGAGACGACGACGGAGCUCUAAGCCCAGAGCUGGUGCUGGAGCGCGCCCUGGACCGCGAGGAGGAGGCUGCUCACUACCUGGUCCUCAUCGCCACGGACGGAGGCGAACCGCGUCGCUCCAGCACAGUGCACAUCCGAGUGACAGUGUUGGAUACAAACGACAAUGCCCCGGUUUUUGCUCAACCGAUUUACCGAGUGAAAGUCCCAGAGAAUGUGCCCCCGGGGACUCGGCUGCUUACCGUAAGCGCUAGCGACCCGGAUGAAGGAACCAACGGGGAAGUGGCUUACAAAUUCUGGAAAAUUAGUGAAAAACAAUCUCCGUUAUUCCAGCUGAAUGAAAAUACUGGCGAAAUAUCAACAGCGAAGAGUUUAGAUUAUGAAGAAUGUGCGUUUUAUGACAUGGAAAUACAAGCUGAAGAUGUGGGGGCACUUCUGGGGCGGACCAAAGUACUCAUUUCAGUGGAAGAUGUCAAUGACAACAGGCCCGAAGUGACCAUUACAUCUUUGUUUAGCCCAGUCCUGGAAAAUACUCUUCCUGGGACAGUAAUUGCCUUCUUGAAUGUGCAUGACCGAGACUCUGGAAAGAAUGGUCAAGUUGUCUGUUAUACACGUGACAAUUUACCUUUUCAAUUAGAAAAAUCAAUUGAUAGUUAUUAUAGCUUGGUAACUUGGAAAUAUUUGGACCGAGAAAAGAUCUCUAUGUAUAAUAUCACAGUGGCAGCCUCAGAUCUAGGAACCCCACCUCUAUCUACUGAAAUUCAUAUUGCCCUGCAAGUGGCAGACAUCAAUGACAAUCCACCCAUUUUCCCUCAUACCUCCUACUCAGCCUAUAUCCCAGAGAACAACCCCAGAGGUGCCUCCAUCUUCUCUGUGACUGCUCAUGACCCUGACAGUGGCAGCAAUGCCCAGAUCACUUACUCUCUGACCAAAGGCAGCAUCAUGGCAGCGCCUCUCUCCUCUUAUGUCUCCAUCAACUCUGACACUGGUGUCCUAUAUGCUCUGCACUCCUUUGACUAUGAGCAGAUCCAAGACUUGCAGCUACUGGUGACAGCCAGUGACAAUGGGGACCCUCAACUCAGCAGCAAUGUGUCCCUGAGCCUGUUCAUACUGGACCAGAAUGACAAUGCACCAAAGAUUCUGUACCCCAUGCUUCCCACUGAUGGCUCCACGGGUGUGGAACUGGCACCUCGCUCUGCAGAGCCAGGAUACCUUGUUACCAAGGUGGUGGCAGUGGACAGAGACUCAGGCCAGAACGCCUGGCUGUCCUACCGCCUUCUCAAGGCAAGUGAGCCAGGGCUCUUUGCGGUGGGGCUGCACACGGGUGAGGUGCGCACAACGCGGGCCCUGCUGGACAGAGACGCGCUCAAGCAGAGCCUGGUGGUGGUGGUCCAGGACCACGGGCAGCCCCCUCUCUCAGCCACUGUCACAUUCACCGUGGCCGUGGCAGAUACCAUCCCAGAUGUCCUUGCCGACCUGGGUAGCAUCAGGACCCUAACCAACUCUGAUGAUUCAGACCUCACACUGUACCUGGUGGUGGCAGUGGCUGUCGUUUCCUGCAUCUUCCUUGCCUUUGUCAUCAUGCUGCUGGCACUCAGACUAUGGCGGUGGCACAAAUCGAGACUUCUCCAGGCUUCCAGUGGUCGGUUAGCAGGCCUGCCAGCCUCAGGAUUUGUGGGCAUUGAAGGAGUACAGACUUUCCUGCAGACCUAUUCCCAUGAAGUCUCCCUUACCUCUGACUCUCGGAGGAGUCACAUGAUCUUCCCCCAGCCCAACUAUGCUGACAUGCUUAUUAGCCAAGACAGCUAUGAGAAAAAUGACGCCUUGUUAACAUCCAUAGAUUUUCAUGAAUGUAGGGAUGAAGCUGCUUCUGUUCAGGUGAGUUUGGUUCAUUGUUUAUGUUUAUUUCUUAGAGGAAUUAUAUUUUUUAUAAAUUUAAUUUGUGUUUUGAAACAUGCAUUGUAAAGAAAGUUUACAGAUAACUCUUAAGGUGUACUGCAGAGUUUGGGGUUUGUGCUAGUGACACAGUAAAAUUGAGUUCUAAUCAUCAUAAUUGUUUCAUCUGCUUUCCAAAGGCUUAGACAAGAUUACUUAAGUAUGAACUCUUAACCUCUUAAAACUUUUCAUAUUUUACUGUAAUUAUCAUCUAUUCACUUAAGAAAUAGCUACCCAACCACAUAAGGUCAGUUCAUUUUAUAUAUAGGAAUAUAUGUGUGUGUGUGUGUGUGUGUGUGUACACAUGUAUAUGUAUAGACACAUAAAGGUAUAUAUAAAUUAGAACUUACAAAAAUUAUUGAGGUUUCUAAACCCUUGUAUUAGAUUAGUAAAAGUAAAAUACAUCUCAGAAUUUUUAGGAUUCUUAGGAUUUCACCUAAAACUAGGUUCUUGAAAAUUUCUUCAGUUUAAACCUCUUCUAUGAGUUCUGUGUCUGUAUCGGUACCCUUCAAAGCUUUAAUACUUCUCGUAUUUCAAAGCAAACAUAUUUUAAAGGGUGGUGGUAGGUAAGACUGGUUCCUCAAUGUUCUUUGUGUGUCAGUGGUCACCCAGGACUCAUACCAAUGGAGACAUGGCAUAAGCCUAAAAGGGCCAUUGCCCUCCCCAUCAAAUUUGAAAUAAAAUGUAAUCUUGAAAUUGUUGAAACUGACUUAUAAACUUUCUCUGUAAAAUGCAGAUGAACACAUUUCAUUAGAAUUCCAAUGAGCUGUUUUGCCUACAGUCAUGUGAAAUGUGCUGUGUUCUCAUGGUUAGAGUUUGAGUGUUACUUUUAAGAAAAGAAGUUAUAUGUACACAAAUUUU